AAAUCGGUCAAGGCGAUAUCCCGUCCUUCUACACGUACGAGGAAGGCUUGUCGCGUUUAACAGCCGAGGGUCAGGCGACCUUGGAGAGGCUGGAGGGCAUGCUGGCCCAGUCCGUAAGCACUCAGUACCACAUGGCCGGGGUGAGAACGGAAGAGACUCUGAGGGAUUUUGAAGAUGGAAUGGAAGUGGAUGCGGCCCCAGUGGUUACGGGACAAUUUGAAGAUGCCGAUGUUGAGCAUUAAAGGAAGGUAGGAACGAUGGCCAGGUUGGCACUCC